AUGCUACACACAGGCGAGAUAGAGACGGUUAAGGCACGUGGAAAUGUCGAGAAACAAAGGGUUCUGAUCGAACAUAAGUAUUAUAUUCCGCCAGGAGACUUUGCCCAGUCUCAGCUCACCAAUAAUCCUGAAACCUCAAUAUCCUCUAUCCCCCCAAACGUAACCCAGCUGGCAAACCUGUUGGCCACCUCUGGAGCCAAUAAAGUGGGAACUCUACCCCUCAAGGGGUUUCUGGACCAGCCAGACAAAGGCCGAUUCGCCUUCCUUUUCACAUGUCCAGAGAAGACGCAAAGCAUGCCUCCAUCUUCACUUCAUGAGCUCAUUCGACAAGCAACCGAGAACAAAGCUCUAGCCCUCGAACUUGGACUUCGAUUCCAAAUCGCUCACUUCCUAGCAAGAACGGUGAGAAUGCUGCACGUUGACCGCUGGACCCACAAGAACCUCAGCAGUCAUUCGCUAGUAUUCUUUAAUGAUCGACAGCAGGGAACACCCGUCUUCCACGAUCCGUAUCUAGUUGACUUUGAGUACUCGAGGCCUGACUCUGGCUCGUCACUACGUCUUGUCGAUAAUGAUGUGCAGCGUAACUUAUACCGUCGCCCAGAAAUCCGGGGCUUGGGUCGUCCUGCCUUCAGUCGCGCCGAUUUUUUAUUUUAUAAUAGAUAUUCAUUAUAA